CCUUUGGCCGGAGAUAAAGGAAAUAUUCUAUCACUUCGUCCAUUUUCACCUUUUAUGUUUUCAACGUACACAACGUAAAAUCUACAUAAAUUGAAUCUACAUAUAGUGAAUAUAAAUUAUUAAAAUUGAAUUGUGACAAAACUGAGAUGGAAUGGAAAAAUAACGGAGACUGAACUGAAAUGUGUGAAUCGACCUUUAAGAAUACAAUGGCAUAUAUACCGUUUAGUCUGCUUUUGUAUCAAUCACAGACGGUACAGUCAAUAAUUACCGAACUAACAAUCGAUAUGUAUGUGGAGUGAAUAAACUUGUUCGUUUGAAAUUCUCUCGAUAACGAGUAAAUCGAACGUUUUAAUAAAAAUUUCCAUCAGUAUCGGUCGAUUAGCGAAGUUGUCGACUUAACCUCUAAACAGUAUGACGAAAGAAUUGCAUAAAAGUCUUAUAAAUUAUUUUACGCAUUUAAAGAAAUUAGACGAAAAAUGGUUGGAAUUAUUCACAGCUGCGGAAAGACCGUUGCAAGCUUUAAAAAAUCAAUGCGAACAAUUACAUUUUGUCUCCAGUGAAGAUGUAGAUAACGAAGAAAUCUGUAUGAUCGAUUACGCGCGAGAAAAACUUAUUUUUAAAAUUUUCAUCGGAAUAGAAAACGAAAUUUCCCUUUUACAAGAUAUAUUACAGCGUUUAAAUGACGCCACUCAGGAUUUAAAAAAUCGACUAACAAAUUUGGAAAAAUCUCGGAGUAAUGUUUCGUUACACGACGAAGAUAUGAAAGAUAUUGUAAAUGGAACACCUUAUAGACCAAAAUUAAAUUUACUUUUAGAAUGGGCUAUCGAAGGCUUUCAAUAUUAUCACGAGUUAUAUCUUUCUAUUAAUAAAAGCAUGAAAGCGAUGAAUUAUAAAAAUGAAGAAUCAAUUGAUAACUUUGCAGAUUCUUUUGUAGAAGAUCGUUACAAAAGAAUCAAAUUAAAUAGGAUAUUAGCUUUUACUCAAUUUUUAAUAAUGGAAAAGGUUCAAUAAAUACUAUUAAACAAUUUCUAC